ACACCCUUUCCUCACGUCCAGGGUUUUGUUUGAAGUUGCAGGAUUGCGAGUUUUUGAUGCAUGGGUUUUAUGUUUGCAAACGGUAGCUUUUACAGCUUUCUCAGUAUGCAGUCGCGGCAUACUUUUCGUUUAAACUGAGCCGAAAGCUUGAAAGUCAACAAGUGGAAAAUUGUCUCUUUGCGAGUUGAAUCACUGAUAACAUUUGACGAUGACUUGUAGCCCUCAUCAUAAAUGUUUAAGACAGCCCCUAAAAUUGAUAACAAGCACUCCAUUACAUUUAGCCCUGACUAGACAUUUUACCCACUCCACUCGUAGGGGGAAGAAAGCGCAUUAGAGAUGCCUUUGCUAAAGUAGUCGGUUUGCUGCUAGGGUUUUCUGUGAGUGAACACAUAUAAAGGUCAGCAUCCAAAAGGAAAGGUAUCUGUCCUUCCUCAUCAGUGACACAGAAUAUGGAAACUGUUCCCCGAGAAGACACCUGUUAGUUUGAAACCGGAUGAUUCCUUUGCAUCAGAUACUAAAAUGAAAGAAUCACUGAUAGAGGGUGAAUGUGACAAGGUAGUGACACCACAACUGGGAAAUCUGAAUGAAAUUAAGAUGGAACCGGACAACGCUCAGGAGUAUUGUCAAGCCCAACAGCCCAAAACUCAGGAUAAUGAACUGAAAAUAAACACUACGUUUUCAGACAGUGCUUCACAGUUGACUACAGGCAUUCAACUUUCUCUGGCAUCAUCUGGCAUGAAUAAAAUGCUUCCUUCGGUUUCAACCACAACUAUUCAGGUCUCCUGUUCUGGUUGUAAAAAAAUCCUCCAGAAGGGGCAAACUGCUUAUCAGAGGAAAGGAUCUACUCAGCUUUUCUGCUCUACACUGUGCAUCUCUGAACACAUUUCAUCUGCCACUUUACCAGCUCUUUCCAAGAGAACGUGUUCAAACUGUUCAAAAGACAUUUUAAAUCUAAAGGAUGUGAUCAGUGUCCAGCUGGAAGAUACUACCUCUAGCAAAAAUUUUUGCAGCCAAUCUUGUCUUUCAUCAUAUGAAGAAAAACGAAAACCACUGGUUACUAUAUGUACCAGUAGCAUUUUAACCAAAUGCAGCAUGUGUCAGAAGACCAAUGUUAUUCAGUAUGAAGUCAAAUACCAGAAUGUGAAGCAUAGUCUUUGCAGUAAUGCCUGUUUUUCAAAGUUUCACUCUGUUAACAACCUCAUCAUGAACUGUUGUGAGAACUGUGGAGCUUAUUGUUAUACUAGUUCUAAUCCAUUUCAUAUACUUCAGAUGGAAGGACAGUCUCAUUACUUUAAUAGUUCAAAGACUAUAGCAGCAUAUAAGCAGAAGCCAGCCAAAACACUUACACCUGUUCUUUGCAAAUCAUUGAAGCCCCCAGAUGAAAUGAUUGAAACUACCAACGAGUUGGGGAAGACAGAGCUUUUCUGCUCUAUUACUUGUUUCUCUUCUUACAGUAAAGCUAAGAUGACUUCUUCUACAGUAAAUGUUUCCAUGGUGCAGGAUGCUUCAAGGGAGCUCCCUUCUCCAAAGGAAGCUACAACUCCAGUUAUAAGCAAUAUAGUGUCAUUGGCCGAUGCACAUGUUGCCCUGCCUGUUGUGAACUCGGAGGUCUUACAAGAUACAGUUUCUUCAGUAACAGCAAAUGUCAUUGCAGAUAUUUCUAAGAGUUCACCCAGUGAAUCAAGUGGUAGUAUUCCUAAUAGUGGUAUGGAACAAUCAAGCCCUUCGCCAUCUUCAUCAGCACUCAGUCCACAUGUAGUUGGCUCCAGUUUAGCAGUACAAAAAGAUCAAGUGUCAAACCAGAAUUCUACACACAGUGUGAAAUCUGUGAAAAUAAGUGAUGGACCAAAAUUUACGUCCAAAGUACAAAAAUUUAAAGGUAAAUCACAAAGUAUUAAAAAAUCUUGGUGUUCAAAUUUUCAGCAUUUGGAAAACAGUACUAAAAAGGAUGUGACAUUCUGUUACUCGUGCCAGUUGUUCUGCCAAAAAUCUCUUACCUGUGGAGGAGAGUCAUUUGCAGCCCAAGGAAUUUCUAAUUGGAAAAAAACACUGGAAAAAUUCAGAAAGCAUGAAAAAAGUGAAAUUCACUUGAAGUCUUUACAAUUUUGGAGGGAAUACCAGUUUUGUGAUGAAACUGGCAAUGAUAAUUUAUCUAUCAAUUCUAAACAGAUAGAAGGAAAUAAAAAGUACCUGAAACUUAUAAUUGAAAAUAUCUUAUUUUUUGGCAAGCAAUGUUUACCCUUAAGAGGAAAUGACCAAUCUGUUUCAUCUGUGAAUAAAGGCAAUUUUUUAGAAUUGUUAGAAAUCAGAGCAAAAGAUAAAGGAGAAGAAAUAUUUCGACUUAUGAAUUCACAAGUUGACUUCUACAAUAGCGCACAGAUUCAAAAUGAUAUUAUUGAAAUAAUAAAGACUGAAAUAUUGCAAGAUAUUGUAAAUGAGAUCAAUGUCUCCUCAGCUUUUUCAAUAAUAUGUGAUGAAAUAACCGAUUGUGUCACUAAAGAACAACUUUCAAUUUGUGUCAGAUAUCCACAUAAAACAGCAAAGUCUAUCUUAAUUAAAGAACGAUUCUUGGGUUUCAUAGAUAUUGAAGAGGUAACUGGGACCAAUUUACAUAGGACUAUCAAAACUUACCUGCAGCAAAUUGGAGUUGAUUUGAAUAAAAUACGUGGCCAGGCCUAUGAUAGUACCACUAAUUUGAGGGGGAAAUUUAAUAAAAUUGCAGCAGAAUUCAAAAAAGAAGAGCCAAGAGCUUUAUACGUACAUUGUUAUGCACAUUUUUUGGAUUUAACAGUAGUUAGGUUUUGUAAAGAAGUAAAAGAACUUCGAAGUGCUCUAAAUACUCUCAAUUACUUGUUUAAUACUAUUCAUAUGUCUGGAGAAAUGUCUGCAAAUUUUCAAAAGAUUUGUAAGCUAAAUCAAAACAAAACAUGCAAGAAACAUAUAUCACAAUCUUGUUGGACAGUCCAUGAUCGUACAUUACUUUCUGUGAUUGAGGGUCUUCCAGAGAUUAUUGAAACACUAGAAGUUGUAUCAAGCCACUCUUCAAACACAAGUUUGGCUGAUGAACUGAGUGAUUUGUUGGCAUUGAUUUCCAAAUUUGAGUUUAUCUUUUGUUUAAAAUUUCUUUAUCGAGUGCUAAGUGUUACAGGAAUUCUUUCCAAAGAACUUCAAAGUGAAACCAUAGAUAUUUUUUCAUUGUCUUCAAAAAUAGAAGCAAUUUUGGAAUGUUUAGCAUCUGAAAGAAAUGAUGUCUGUUUCAAAACUAUCUGGGAUGGAACAGAAGAAAUAUGUCAAAAAAUAACCUCUAAAGGUUUUGAAGUUGAAAGACCUUCUUGUCAGAAAAGAAGAAAAAUUCAGAAAUCAAUAGAACUUGGCAAUUCAGAUAGUAUGUUUUUCCCUACUUCAACAGAAGAGCUAUAUAAAGUUAGUAUUUAUCACCAAGGAUUGGAUAGUGUAUUACAAAAUUUAAAAUUAUGUUUUUCAGAGUUUGAUUACUGCAAAAUGAAGCAGAUUUCAGAACUGUUAUUUAAAUGGAAUGAGCCAUUAAGUGAAACAACAGCCAAACAUGUUCAAGAAUUUUAUAAACUUGAUGCAGACAUCAUCCCAGAACUUAGAUUUUACCGACAGUAUGCAAAGCUCAAUUUUGUUAUGGAUUAUGAUUGUAUUAACUUCAUUAGUCUUGGCUAUUUGUUUAUUCAACAUGGUCUUCACAAUAAUAUUCCUUGCAUAUCAAAGCUAUUAUAUAUUGCAUUGUCUUGGCCAGUUACUUCAGCAAGUGCUGAACACUUAUUUUCUACUCUGCCUCGUCUUAAAACAUAUUUAUGUCAUACCAUGGGACAACAGAAGCUUAGUGGCCUGGCCCUAAUGGCUGUUGAACAGGAAUUGGUAAAUAAACUGAUGGAGCCAGAAAGACUGAGUGGAAUUGUGGAAAAAUUUAUCCAUCCAAUGAAAGAAAUAUAGUGCUUGCUAAUUUGAAUUUACCCAGAAGAAAUUUGUAUUCAGUGGUCACAGUUUUUAUUUCAAAGUUUUGUCUUUAAAGAAAAAAUUUUUUUCAACAGAACCUGUAACACUCAUUGGGUUCAAAAUUCAGAAAACAUGGAAUGAUAAUGAAAAGUCUUCUUUUUUGACACCUGAUUACUCGUCACUGAAGGUGUUCUAUUUCUUAAAUACCCUUUUGGAGAUAUUUUUCAUAAAUGAUAGUGUACAUUGCACUGUUCUUCAACUUACCUUUUACAUGACAGAGUAUUUUUGACAUUGUCCCAUAUAGGUACAUAAAGAGUGUUUUGAUUCUUUUUUACAAUUGCAUACAAUUCAUUGUACAGCUAGAGCAUAAUGUAUUUGAGCAGUCCCUGCUGACAUUUUCAUUCCUUACAUCUUUAGCUAUUACAAGAAAUGCUGCAUCUAAUAACCUUAUACAUAGGUCAUAUUGCACAUGAUGGAUUUAAUGCAAGAUAACUUUUUCAAUUGGAAUUGCUUUAUCAGAUUUAUGCAUUUUUAUUUUUGACAAAUAUUGGCAAAUUGCUUUCUAUAAAGAUUGUCAAUUUACAGCCCCAACAACAAAGUAUGAGAGCAUCUUUCUUUGCAUCUUUUUGAACAGUGUUAUCAGACAUUUUGAUGUUUGCCAACCUGUUAGUUGAAUAAUGGUAUUUUAAUCUACAGUUUAAAUUUCAGUGAAUUUUAUAUUUUCACUUAUAAGUUUGGGAUUGUGAACUGUUUGUAUUUCCUUUUCUCCGAACCAUCACAUUUUAAACAGAACUUUAAAUAGUGUUGUGUUUUUUGUUGACACAGUAAGAAUUCUCAAUCUAUUUCAUGGAAAUCGAUUAUUUUUCAAGUAACCCCAGGAGAAAGAACUCUAUCUUUUUUUAUGUUAUAAAAGUCUAGAUAACAAAGGAAAUCUGUUCCUCAAAGAUUUAGAAGAAUUUAGUAGAAGAAAUAUUUGUGCCUGGAUUUUUUUUUUUUAAGAAAUAUUUCUCUGGCACUUUUCCCGUUUCUUUCUUUUAGCAAUUUUUGUAACUUUUUUUUCUGGAAAGAGCAACUGUUUCAUUAAGGUUUAUUUCACCUGUAUUUUGAGAUACAAAAAAUAUUCUGUUAAUCUCCUCUAUAUAGACCUGUACUAUAACUUUCUUCAUCGGUUUUCUAUACUCAUUUUCUUUUUUGAUUGGGCCAACCUAGUGAUUUAUUUCAUUUAGUUGUUUUUCAGACACGCUUUUAGAUUUAUCAAUUCUACUUUUUUAAAAAUUGUGGCUGACCUUAACACAUAAAAAUACAAAGAGCUUAUUAAGAUUUAAUACUAUUAAAGCCUAAUGUUUUGCCAUAUUCCACAAUUUUAUUUUAGAAAUAAAAUAUUACAGAUUGAGUUGAAUCUCUCUUGCAUGGCUUAUCCUAAUAACAUUCUUUUUCCCCAAAGGCCAUGGUUAUUUGGUGUCCAUCAUUCCAUGCAUGUAUCAUUUCACACAAUACAUAGACUUGUUUCACGUUUAUAAAUUUUAUAGAAGUUGCAUUGUGUAUAUCUUUCUGCAAUUUGCUUUUUCCACUCAAUGUUGCUCUUAGAUUUAUACAUGGGUUUCUAAUUUAUUUUUAACUGAAUAGUAUCGAUUAUAUGAUCAUGCAGGUUCUUCCUUUCUGUUUAGCUCUUUAGUGUACCUGGGUAACAAUUUGCUAUUCAAAUAACUGAAGUGGUUUCUGGUUUCUGACUGGACUCCGAGAUAGGACACCUAUGAAGUAGCCUUGUCAAAAUAAUUUGACCUUGAGUGUCGUCAAGACCUCAGGUCUAAUCCUAAGGUCUAACCCAUUUACUAGAAGUACAGAGGGAUAGAGGAGCAUAGUAAACAACAUCUUUGGGAUGUAACCAGCAAAAUCCAAAUCCUGGGAGAGUGCAGAGGAUAAACACUUUGUAUUUACAAGGAAAAAUAGGCCUGGCAAAGAUCCUACAGAUUAAAGUGGGGGUCAUGUCAGUUCCAUUGUGUGAAAUGUUUGAAUCCCACUUUAAAUAUGAACUCUGGAUAUUUGAUGUUAAGCAAUUGUUAAGAGGAUAUAGUGGUGGUUGUGUUCAUUUUUUUUUUUUAAGUAACUGCCCUUUAUAGAGAUAAAUACCUCUGGUAUUGAUAAAAUGGUAACAUCUGGGGCUUCUAAAUAAUAUGUGAAUGAGGGUGGACUAUGAAGACCAGUAUGAAACACGCUUGGCCAUCAUGUUAGAGUUGUUGAAUGUAGAUGGGUACAUGGGAGUUCACUGUAUUGUUACUCAACUUAUAUUGGUUGUUUCCUUAAUAAACAUUUUCUUUAAAUGAUUGUUACCUGUUGUAGUUCAUGCCAGGAAUAUGUGUUUCAGUAUUAGGAAAUUUAUUAAUGAAAGACAACAAACUAAUAAAUUAAAAUUAUAUCUCAAAUGUACUAUAAAAGCAUUUGGUAAAGC